AUGUCGUCUAAAUCGGCCAAGUGGCUCUCGGCUUCCCUACCGGUGCAGCUGGUUCUGCUCGCUUCUGCUACGACCAUUCUCGCCGGACUAGGACCCAUCAAGACCAUCCUCCAUCCCCUCCUCCCCACCUGGUCUCCCUCGCACCUAUCCACCCUCCUCCUCUCCCUCUCUCUGACCCUCUUCGCCCUCUUCCUCCUCUCCUCCAGCAUCCUCCGCACGCCCCUUCGCUUCGUCUGGAACUGCUUCUUCAAGCCCUUUUUCCACUCCACCCCCUCGGAACAGCGGGACCGGCUCGACACCUUCUACAGCGGGCAGGCGGACGUGUACGACUCGACUCGCGCGCAUCUCCUUAAAGGCCGAGAGACGAUGUUGCAGCUGCUCGCGGCGCAUCUGAAGGCGCAGCCGGGUCCGAGUCUGGUGGGCGGGAUGGCGAGGCCGAAGAUCUGGGUGGAUAUUGGAGGUGGAACAGGAUGGAAUAUUGAGAAGAUGGACGAGUACCUCCCGAUAUCCUACUUUGACAAGGUGUACCUCAUCGACCUAUGCGAGCCGCUUCUCGACGUCGCUCGGGCCCGCUUCGCCGCUAAAGGCUGGAAGAACGUCCAUGUUCUCUGCCAAGAUGCCAGCCGGUUCGUCCUGCCCGAGUGGGAGUCUGGCGAACUCGACCCGCGGGGGAGCUUGACGGCUAUAACUCUGAGCUAUUCACUCUCCAUGAUCCCACCAUUCUACCAACUUCUGGACCGAUGCGACCAGGUACUCGACCCUCAGCGGGGCUUGCUGGGUGUGGUGGACUUCUACACCUCGCGCGACCUCGGCGUCAAGGAACGGGCCAUCGGUACAGCCUCCAAGCGGGUCUCGUGGCUAUCCAAGUGGUUCUGGGAAUGCUGGUUCGAGCUCGACAAUGUCCACCUGCACGGGUCCCGCCGAGACUACCUCGAGUACAAGAUGGGAACCAUCAAGCUCUACAAUGGCCGGAACAACUUUCUCUCCUCUUACUUUGUCCAAAUCCCUUACUACAUCUUCCUCGGCUGUUCGCGGGACCGGGACGCCAGCGCCGCGGCCAAGGCCUUCGAAGUGGACGCUGGCAACAAGCUGGGCAAGGGGCAAGGAGGGCUCUUGACGCCCAGUUCGCCGUUUACGACCAGUCCGUGGGCGGAUGCAGGGGCACGGAUGGCGGCUGUACCGGAAGAAUUCAGUUUGGGGCCCAGUGCGGCGGAGGAGAAGGGAUGGACGCAGAGUAUCAGGGAUGUGGGGGCGCCGUUGAGCCCGUUCCAUUAUCAGUUGCGCAAGGGGUGGAGGGUGCCGUACCUCGAGGAGAAGAUACAUGAGCAGUUUAGAACUCAUAUUUAUGGCUGGACAUGGGAAGACCCCGACGUGGACGUCAAAAAGCUCGGUAUCAACAAGAAUGACCAUGUCCUCGCCAUCACUUCUGCCGGAGACAACGUCCUCCACUACGCCCUGGCGGCGCAGUGCGAGCGGAUCCACGCUGUCGACAUGAACCCCUGCCAAGGCCACAUUCUUGAGCUCAAAUUAGCGGCCAUCCAGACGCUCGAGUAUAACGACUUCUGGAUGAUGUUUGGAGAAGGGCGUCACCCUGAUUUUGAGCGGUUGUUGACCACCAAGCUGUCUCCGUUCCUCUCAUCGCACGCCUAUGCGUACUGGAAAACCCACGCCAACCAAUUCUCUCGCAAUUUCUACUAUCGCGGCUAUUCCGGCUGGGCGCUCCGACUCGCGCACGCCGCCUUCUUCGUCGCCGGCGUCCGAGGCGACGUCAAGCGGAUGUGCCAGGCGUCGAGCGUAGCGGAGCAACAACGGAUCUGGGAGAAGAAGCUCCGUCCGAUCUUUUUGAACAAGAUUAUGGUCAAGGGUUUCCUUGGCAAUUCCUUCUUCAACUGGCAUGCCCUCGGCGUGCCCAAGAACCAAAUGAACUGUUUCCUCAACGACGGCACCGUCGAGGAUUUCAUCACCGCCACGCUCGACCCACUCCCCAGUAUGGCCCGGCUAAAGGACGACAACUACUUCUUCUUCCUCUGUCUCAAUGGCCGGUAUUCGCGCGCGAGCUGUCCGGCGUAUCUCAAGCCGGAAGGAUUUAGGGUGUUGCAGAAUGCGAAGGUCAAUGGGGCGUUCAAGUUGCACACGGAUACGAUCCUCAAUGUAUUGAGGGGACUACCGGAUGAGAGUCUGACCAAGGUGAUCGUCAUGGACUCGAUGGACUGGUUCGACCCCAUCCCCGCCUCUCAACCCCUCCCCUCCCCUACGUCCACACCCCUCGACGCCCUCUCCCCUACGCCCGAGGAGUCGCUUGUCCACCUCCAGUCCGAGCUGGACUAUGAGAUCUUGGAGAUCCGGCGCGUGCUCCGCGUCGGCGGUCAUGCGGUCUGGCGAUCGGCGGCCAAGCGUCCUUGGUAUAUCCAGCGAUACCAAUUGGCAGGAUUCAAGGUCGAGCCUAUUGAUAUACGAGAGAAUGGCGCUGGAAUUUGCAAAGUUAACAUGUACGCAUCAUUCUGGAGAGCCGAAAAACUCGUAUAA